AGACUGAAACUAAACUGUGGUGAGGAAGAAGAGCGAUAGGAAGAGGCAUAUGAAGAAGAUGAAAAUGAAGAGAAAGCGUAGCUGCGACAGGAACAGUUGUAGUUUAAUGUAAUUACAGUCUCACAUCUGCUUGACCGCGGCUCUCUGCUCUGACAUGUGACUCUGAGAUGUGACUCUCGUCUUUAAUAACGCGGACAUUUUUAGUUCUCUGAUAAAUCUUUGGUAGCUUGGCUGAUGUUGUGUGGUUUCUCAGCCUGUGAGUGAGAGAGGAGCUCUCAGGAGAACAGGUGGAGACUCAGCACUGAACGACUGGAGCCUUUUCUCUUUGACAGUGUGAAAACUGGAAGUGUCAUAUGUGUCACCUGGAGGCUCGAGAUAAUGGCAGAUGACAAGGAUGUACUGCGAGAUGUUUGGUUCGGGCGGAUACCAACGUGCUUCACGCUGUACCCAGAUGAGGUCACGGAGAGGGAGGCAGAACCAUUUUAUCUCCUCCUUCCAAGGGUCAGUUAUUUGACGCUAGUGACCGACAAGGUGAAGAAGCACUUUUUGAAAGUCGUGAAGGCAGAAGACGUCGAGCAGAUGUGGUUUGAAUAUGAAGGGACGCCUCUUAAAUGGCACUACCCAAUUGGAGUGUUGUUUGACCUCCAUGCCUCGAAUACUGCUCUCCCCUGGAGUGUCACUGUGCACUUUAAGGACUUUCCAGAAAGAGAUUUACUCCACUGCCCUUCCAGCUCAGUGAUAGAGGCCCAUUUCAUGUCCAGCAUUAAAGAAGCAGAUGCACUUAAGCACAAAGGCCAGGUCAUCAACGAUAUGCAGAAGAAAGAUCACAAGCAGUUGUGGAUGGGCCUUCAGAAUGAUAAAUUUGACCAGUUCUGGGCCAUGAACCGUAAACUGAUGGAGUAUCCGACCGAAGAGGGUGGUUUUCGCUAUAUUCCUUUCAGGAUAUAUCAGACGCUGAGCGACAGACCAUUUAUCCAGAAGCUGUUCCGGCCCGUCUCUCCUGAGGGCCAUGUGCUCACGCUGGGAGACCUGCUGAAAGAGAUGUUCCCUGCUGCCAUAUGCCAGGACGAUGAGCCAAAGAAAUACCAGGUGGUGAUCCACGGGAUCGAGCCACUGUUGGAGACCCCUAUCCAGUGGCUGAGUGAACACCUGAGUCACCCGGAUAACUUCCUCCACAUCUGCAUCGUCCCAGCACCAAACGACUGAGCCGUGAGCUGUGGUGUGAAACCAGGAGCUGGUGGACAAUCAUCAAACAGCUCAAACGUGGCUCCACCUUUCCGCCUUGUUCCCUGAGGGAAUUUUCUGGAAGAACUUUUUCCACACUUUUUCACACUUUCUGCAUUCACAUUCGUUUGUCGGCCUCACCUUGUCUCUGAGCGUUGGAACCUCUUGGACACAAAGCUCUUCCAAAUCGUCGGAUUGAAAGGAUACCACUUGACCAAUUUUAAUAUGCAUGCCAGUAGGAUGUAAAUAACAAACCGUUUCAAUACCCACAUCAUAUCUGAGUAUGUUAUGUGACAGAGUAGCCUAGUAACAGUAACCUGCACUCAACUGCUUGGAAAGGUUUCAUGACUAUAUCCGUUUGAGAUUAAUUUGAAGGGAAUAGUUUAUCAGGAUUUUUAACCUGGAUUUACAUACUUUAUACUUACUAAUGUAACUUGAGUUAACGGUAACUAUUGGAGUAUAAUUAAUGAAAGUUGCACCAGCUGUUGAGAUAUUUACAUCCCUGGUAUGGAUCUCUCUCUCUCUCUUCCCUCUGCUAACAUUCAACACAAGAUUUUUACAUGUUGCCUUAGAUUUCAUACUCCUGCCUCCGCACUGGCUUGAUGCAACCAUGUGCCGUUGCAGUAUUACUGUAGAGCCUCAUAUAUCUUUCAUCCUGUCUCUCUCUCAACUCUCUCAUCAUGACUAACAUGCUGCCGAUGCUCUUAGAUCUUCUCUCGGCGCUCCGUUAAUUAUCAGUUUGAAUCCUGUUUGUCGUUAAAUGAGACCACUAAACUGCUGUACUCUGCCAAGCAUCCUGGGGGGGUAAUUACCGACACGGUUUAUAGGCACAUACAGGGGGUAGAAGGAGGUGUGAAAAGUACGAAUGGAAUUAUGUCUUGUCUGUAGUGGCCACUGUCAUGCCAGGAAAGCAGAGUAGAGCUUUGGACUCUAAGCGGCAAGAUGACAUCACACACAGAGGUCCAUGAGUAUGUGACUGCAGCCUACAUGGGAAGAGUCAGCAGAGGCCCCUUGAGAAAGCUUGUGGGCUCUGUCUGGUAAGAAGAAGCGUCAUCCAGGAUGGCUGUUCCCUUCAGAGUUCAGAUCGGCCAGAAAUCUACACAAAUUCCUCUUAAUCACAAGUGUAGUCAAUUAUCCAAGACACUGCAUCGUGUAAUAUAAUUAAACAUCAAUUUGCUUUGUGCUUUUGUUCAUUUUUAUAAAUAAACUGCAAAAAUCAUAUCUUGGUGAGUGGAAUCAUCUUAAAUCUAGUCAAUAUGAUAUCUUAUUUUGAGGUGGUUAUAAUAAGAAUAUAAUAAGAUUGUUUAACUUAUUUGUAAACCUUUUUACUUGAAAGUUCAUUUGUCUUAUUCUGUUAGCAAAUCGUUUGGCUUGUUUCAAGCAUAUGUCUUGAAAUAAGCUCAGUUAUCCACAUUGUUUUGAAGCAAGCACAUUAUUUGCCAAUAGAUUAAGAUAAAAGGACUUAAAAAAAGUAAGAAGCAUCUAAAAAAAGUUGAAUAAUUUGAUCAUAUCUUGUAACAAUCUCAUAAUGAGAAAUAUUAGAUAUAUUGUCUAGAUUUAACAUGUUUUCACUUGUAAAGAGGUCAUUUGCAGUGGAACAAUAUGCAGUGUUAGAAACAACAUAAGCAAGUCUGUUUGACAUAAGACUUUGGACACUAAAUAAGUCUUGGCUGAUCAGCAUUUGUGGUAAAAGGAGAAAAAAAACAAAAAACAAAUAACCCCGAGUCUGAUUGUUCUAAUAAGUAACGUAAAUGUAAAAUCAUAAUGUGGUGAUUCUUACCAUUGUCUUAUUUUGUUGUUUGUUUGUUUUGUUUGUUUCUUUAUUUUUUUUUUCAUUUAAGACGAGCAUCAGGGUGGAUAUGGAACACCUCUGGCCUUGGAAUUGCUUAACCUUUGCUCAAUUUGCUGCGGUUAGCUUGCGGCACAUCUGUCCAUCAUAAGAGAAGUGCAGUGUAAUCUUCAGAAUGGAGAUGGGUGAGUCAGAGGUCAGCCUGCCUGGGGCAGUCAUACUGAAAUUUUAGCUGAUACAAGACAAUAUCUCCUCUGCCCUGGUUAUACAGCCUCUAGCAGCCUCACUGUGCUUGUAACUAUUUAGGCUGAGCGACAUUUGUUUGUGUUUAGUUAGUUCGGAAGGGAUGGAGGAGGUUGGAGAUGGGGGGGGCAGACGAUUAGCAGCUGAGAGUGAUUAUUCGCUUAUAGGAAUGAGUGAGUGUACUCGCCCAGACGCAGACAGACCGCACAGCUUCCGCCGUCACCGGGCCACUUCUCAGCAAAACUGCCUGUAAGACCUUGCAGUUCGUUUAGGAGGCGCAUCUUGAGUUUGUUUACUGAGUGGGGUUUUUCUGUCUUUAAAACAUGGGCUCCAGACUCCCUCUAUGAUUCGAAUUGAUGUACGGAAAUAACAAUGUUAAAGUGCAUUCUUGCAGUAUUUAACACUUUCCAAACGGUUUCAAUCAAGACGCUUUAUCUUUCUUCUCUUCUGGACACACUUUUCAUGGCUCGCUUUUCUGUCUUUUGCUACAUUUAACUUACAAAAUGCAUAACAUCUGAUUAAAAUAUUUUGUAACUAUGCAACGUUGCCUUUGAUUCUUCAGAUGUAAUGUGUGGCGGUCGGGUUGAUGCGAUAGAUUAGCUUACUUUAAAGAGGCCAUAUUUGGAAAAACUAUUUUUUUCUUGCUUAUUUGGAAUAAAGGUUUGAUGUACUACCGAAA